AUGCCCACCCAAACCCCCACGCCAAUCACCACCCCCAUCCCACGCCGCCGCUCCCCUCUCCUCACCAACAGCGCCUUUGGCGACGUCGACAUCAACUACCUCUCCACCAGCCUGUCCAUGAAAGCCAAGUCCCCCUACAUCUUCGUCACGCGCGACAACCAGAACGACUACUCUCCUCCCGCGCCGCCCCCACCCUCGCCCGUCAACUUCCCCUCCGAGAGCUGGAGCACCGCGUGCCGGCGAAACCAGGAACCAGGAAACAGGAAACAGGAGUAG